AUGGCCACUGGUCCUCCAGCGUCACCGUCUGCGGAGCAGUGUCCUGAGCUUAGCAGCACUGUGGCCUCACCUGAGAUGCUGGAGGGUAAAGAGAUGCCAGGACCAUCAGAACCCAGGGUGGAGACCAGCCCCCGACCUCCGUUCACAAGCGUGAAGAGGAAUAGGGACUCUGAGGACGACCUGGAGGAGCUGCUGAUCCCUGAGCCCCAGCCGGUGUGGGUGGUGGAGACGCUGUGCGAGCUCAAGAUGAAGCUGAAGAGGCAGCGCGUCUUCACAGUGCUCCCCGAGCACCAUGACGUCUUCACCAGGCUGCUGGAGAAUCCGAUGGUGAAAAGAUUUCUGGACUGGGACAAGACCCUGAAGGCGUCUGACAAGUACCUCCUGUCUAUGGUCAUAGCUUAUUUCAGCCGUGCUGGCCUCUUCUGUUGGCAAUACAAGCCAAUCCAUUUCUUCCUGGCUCUAUACCUGGCCAAUGACAUGGAGGAAGACAACCAGGCCCCAAAACAAGACAUUUUCUAUUUCCUCUAUGGGAAGAGCUUUGCCCAGCGCCCCAUGUUCCACAAACUGCGGUUCCAAUUCAUUCGGUCCAUGGGCUGGAGGGCUUGGGUGUCCCCAGAGGAGUGUGAAGAGAUCCAGGCUUACAACCCAGAGCUCUGGGUGUGGGCACGAGAUCGCAGCAAACUCACCUUGAACUCUGGGACCACAGAGGCCUGA